CAUAACAGUCGAAGAGAAUCAGUCAACUGACUAACAUCGUCUCUCAAGUUCGUUAGCGGGUCUGUUUUAGAUGCGAAAAUUAGUCAUCAGCAUUUCCACACUGCAAAAUGGUUAAUCUAGUUUCCGCCUCGCCGAAUAACAACGUUGAACAGAACUGGGGCUGGCACGGCCUGUGGGUUCCAGACGAUGAACCGCACUUGAACCGGCAGACGCGAUUGCAGGUUCUAAACCGCCGCGACCGCCAGUUUGGUCUCCGUUGGGUUUGGGCUAGCAACGGGCAGGUUCCGGCAAAUGCCUUACGCACAACCGGCCCUACCGGUAGUCGGACGUACAUCGGUCGCGCUCACUUCCAGGGAUCGGUGACGCCUGGGAUGAUUGUCCCCGAUCGGAAGGCCUGUUGCAUAGCUUGGGGAGGUAACGAGCACUUGAUUAAGAUCUACGAGGUGCUGUGCUCGGAGGGUAGUUUUGUCCAGGUAACUCAGACCGAUGCGGACGCCCUGCUGAGGGCCACUUCCGGAGGAAUCUCCGAAAGUGGCGAGCCGAUUUUCAUCGGACGGGCCAAGUACAAGGGCAACUGGAUAGCCGGUAAGGUUCAGCGAUCCCACGGAUCUCUGGGAAUGUGUUACAUCCCGUACGGAGGCAAGGAAGUGGCCCGUCCCGAGUACCAAGUAUUCAUAGCGGUUCCGCCGGAACCCGGAACCGUCGGCCACUACUGGCGGUCAACGGAAGAGUUCAGCGUUCCCGCAAACGCCACCAUCGGAGGCUCGAACGAGCACGGUCCGCUCUACAUUGGCCACGCGAGCCAUCGAGGUUCGUGCACACCCGGUCAAAUCAGCCGGGUCACGAACCGGUGUCACAUCGCCUGGGGCGGAAGUGAACAUCGUAAGCCGGCGUUCGAAUUUCUAUGCAACUGUCGGGGCAGGUUUGUGGCGUCCCAGGAGGGCCAGGUGCCGGUCGGGGCGAUUCUCGGCGGAUGGUCCGAGUACGAAGGCGAACCGCUGUUCGUCGGACGCGUUCAGGUUAAGGGACAUUGGCUCGUGGGGAAGCUUCAACCCUCGCACAAAGUGUGCUACAUUCCGAUCAACGGGAAAGAAGUGGCACACAAGCAUUACGAGAUAUUUGUGCAAGAUGGAAUCUAGAGUGGUUGAAACUGAAUAAGUAAGACUGUAAAGAUUCUAAGUGUUGAAAGAUCUGUUAUCAAGCAUUGUACUGUAUUGCAUUGAAGAUUAAACUUAUUCAUAUUUACAAACAGU